AUGUGGCGCAGGUGCAUUGAACGUUCCGCAGGCCUUCUCGCAACCGCGGUGGGCGCCCGCAGCAUCCUUGUGCGGGAUCUACGCACCCGUGUGGAGAUCAGCAAGGGGGACAUGACAUACCCGGCGGUGCUGCUCUGGCGGUGGAAAAGCAGCCGUCAAAGGCACCUUGUGCUGAGCGUGCAUUCCCCCGAUGAGGCUGAGCUCGAGUCUUCGGCAUUGCUAAAGUCGCGGCCGCCCUCGGCGCCGUUGCCUACACCCGCAGAUUAUUUCUUUGGCCGUGUGUUUCUAAGGCCGUAUAACGUGGCACAGCUUUUGGCAGUGCUAGAGGGGAAGUCGCCGCAGGUGGAAUUGCUCAGGGAACACUCGUCGCUUCACCUUGAACCUGCUGUCGUGCUUGACUCAAAGGGCGAGCCUGCACGCGGGCGCUCCGGUGCGGCAAAGGAUGCUUUGGCCGCAUUACCAUCGACAUUUUCACUCGCCGGUAGAUUGACGCUGAAGGUAUCGGCGAGUGCUCGGCCGACGACUGUGGACGAUGAGUUGCUUCAGGAGGGCGAUUACGAAACGGACGAAACCCCCACGGAUGCAACGUAUAAUCUUGACGAUCAACGCAGUUUUCGAGCAACUGUGCAGGGUGAGGACCUGAUUUUUAUAAUGAAGCACCUUGACGCCGUACUCAACGACAUGUUCGGCAUCGAGCACCAGUACCACGCACGUGUGGCCCUGGAGCUCCUUCGCAAGCAUCGCCGGGGGGGCAGUCAGUUCUUUGAGCAGGAAGCUUACGCAGGCUUGCAAACUGUGCCGCGCUACAGGAGCGAAUUGGUGGACACUCCAGAUGUGGAGGCGCCUUCAGGAGUUUCAGCAACGGCGACGACGAAAGUGGCGCCAUCUUCUGUAGCAGAAAAACCAAAAACGGAGAAGGGCAAUGCUGUUGAGGACUCGGGUUCGGUGGCUGCGGCAGCAUUGGCUGCCGCGGUUCUUGGUGCUGCUGUGGAGCCGCUUGCCAGCAAAGCGGCAUCGCUGGCACAACCUGAGGAGAACAAGGUAUACAAGGAAGACACAGCGGGUUUGAGUGGUGCGGGAGAUGGGCUGGAACCCCCAGGCAGUGAUCCCCACUCCUCGGCAACGAAUGCCGCGCGCUGUGUUGCCCACGAUAAACAACACGAUGACGAUGAAGAUGAAGAGGAGGAUGAAGAAGAGGAUGAAGAGGAGGAUGAAGAGGAGGAUGAGGAGGAGGAUGAAGAGGAGGAUGAAGAGGAGGAUGAAGAGGAGGAUGAAGAGGAGGAUGAAGAAGAGGAUGAAGAAGAGGAUGAAGAGGAGGAUGAAGAAGAGGAAGAGGAGGAUGAAGAGGAGGAUGAAGAGGAGGAUGAAGAGGAGGAUGAGGAGGAGGAUGAAGAGAGGAUGAGGAGAGGAUGA